UGGAACAUUGGAAGCAUGAGGACCUUCGUGUUGUUGAUGUGCCUUGCAGUGGGCUCUGCUCAGGUACCUCAUACGUGCAGGUCUCCCCCUCUUCUGACCGGAGCCCUCUCUGUGGCAAAUGAGAAGUUUUAUGCAAAUGCCAAAUACACCUAUGAUGCGAUGCUCAAGCGUAUCCGCUUCAAGGAGGUUGGCUCUUAUGAGAACAAGACAUUCGGCAUUGAUGCCCUUCUGCUCUUCAGAGAGGGUGUCAUGUAUACGAUUAACCACAGGAACAAAACCUGUAAGAAGGAGAGGCUGAAAAGGGAGGACUUCCACCCUAUGGAGAUCCCUGCCGAUGCUGCUCUGCUGGGCCAGGUGAUCUUAGGGAGCUCCUCUGGUCCAGGACAAGGUCUGCUGGUCAACACCUGGUAUGGAGAAGUUYCAACCCCAAGUGGUAAAGACAAGUGGAUGAGUACCUUCACUGAGUUUGGGUGCAUACCUGUCAGCUCUACAUACUACACGGACAAGAKCGGCUGGAUUCUUACAAACUUCUUCAACAUUGUCGUUGGGAUCAUGGACCCCCAGGAGUUCUUCCCUCCUAAAUUCUGUCAGGGCGCUAUACUGGAUGAGACUGCAGAGGCUGCCAACUUCUACAGCAUUUUCAAAAACCUUACAAAAUAUUCCUAAAGGACAUUUUCUUAUGAGAAUUUCACACAACUAUUGCUUAUUUUUAACCUGAAAUAAAAAGCUGUUUUUUAAAUGAAUUCAUAAAUA